AUGUUUGGCAGCCUUCCCCGCAUGCAAAGUUUAAGCCCUUCUGCUGCUGGUUCAGAAUGGGAAGAUCCAUCUCUGCUUCGCAUGACCCCCGGCUUUUUCUAUGACACAUUUUAUUCUGUGGUGGUAAUUCCCUCCUCCUUCAGGUCGACAUUCUUAAUGAGAGCCGCCUGCCCACCGAUCGCGCCCCCACCCUCACACGAGAGACUCCCCUUGACUCGUCUGGGAUUGAUCGCUGUGGUCAUUCUUACUCGUGCACCGACUGUACUAUUCUUCCCAUCGGAAACGCCCGUCCUCACCUCGCUGAAGAUCUGCUCCCGCUCCUCCUGCUCCUCCUCCUCCUCCUCAUCCCUCCUCCUCAUCGUCGGAUGA